AUGCCGGAGCUUAAGUCAAAGCUUCUCUCGCGGGGUCCCUUGGAUCCCAAAGAAGCCGAGUGGAAGACCCUGGUCAAGACGACCUACCUUGAUCCGAAUGGAGUUGAGAGAACCUGGGAGUCGGCCGAGCGCCUGACUCGACCCGCCAGCUCGGCCGUUGAUGGCGUCGGCGUGAUGACCAUCUUGCACAAAUCCACGGGCCCCGAGCUGCUUCUCCAAAAACAGUACCGACCGCCGAUCAAUCAGAUCGUGGUGGAGGUUCCCGCGGGCAUGGUCGACGCCGGAGAAACCGUUGAGCAAUGCGCCGUGCGGGAGCUGAAGGAAGAAACGGGCUACGUUGGGGUUGCGAAGAAGACAAGCCCGAUCAUGUAUAACGACCCUGGCUUCUCAAACACCAACUUCAACCUCGUUCAUGUCGAUGUCGACAUGUCGCUUCCUCAGAAUCAAAACCCGCAGCCUGAGCUUGAGGACAACGAAUUCAUUGAAUGCUUCACGCUUCCGCUGAGUACCCUGUACGAUGAUCUCAAGAGGCUGGAGAAGGAAGGGUACGCGAUUGAUGCCGGGGUAGGCUCACUAGCAGAGGGUAUCCAGGUUGCUAGACGAUUCCAAUUGUGA